CGAAUGGCAUAACAGUAAAUAAAACGAAACACGAGGGCUUUAUUUGACAAUGCCUCUACCUUAGCUUCAAAACUGAGCUCGUUCUUCAUCAUUUCCUGAAAACUAGAAAACACAGUUUAAAGGAACAUAAAAAGCAACUCUUUUGAGAGAUCACAGAAACCCUAAUUUGCUAAGAACCCUAAUCUCAAUUUCCAUCUUCCAAAGUUCAGAUUCUGUAUGUAAAUGCAUCUGAAGAAUUCUACUGUAGCAGAACGGCGGUACAUCGGAAAAGAAACCGCCGGUUAUUUAACUUCUUCCUCCGAUUUGGAUCCGAAACCUAAGAUUAAACAUCAUCGUCCUCUUCAGGUACCUGAGAUUUUGACUCCAGACAUUGGUGCUGGUGCUGGAUUCAGUGUGUAUAAUAAUCAAGUUCAAGCUCAGAGUCGUCAUCAUCUGACGGUUGAAAUCCCAGAUUCAUCGUCUCACAAUCUUACAUCUAAGAGACCUGUGGUGGUUCAAUCUUCUAAUCCGUUCAACGUUGACGAUUUCCGAAGACAACAACGCGCAAGCUUGGGUCCGAUUUCAUCUUAUUGUCCGUCGUAUCUUUUAUCGUGGUUUUCUUCUUCUCUUCCAUCGAUCCCAUCGGCCACUAAUCAGAAGCUUCUCCGUCAUGUUCUUAGAGUCCGUUUGAUAUGUUUCCAUCUUCGUUUCUUACUUCUUCUCUCUGUUCCUCCUCUCUACAUCUUCUUCUUGUUGAUUAGUUUCAGAUUCUUCCUUCUCUUUGUCUUCUCGAUUAUCGCUUUUUCUUUCGUCCUUUCGAUCUCUCUCAAAUUCGCUCUUCCUCACUUACCAUCGAUUCGUUUGAUUAUCGCUCGGUUACUUUCUCUCAAGCUUACCCCUACCAGAUCAUCCUCUUCAUCUCAGGAGAACACUAAACAUGUUAUUUGGUCAAUUGGGUCUAAGCCUGUGACUGAGAAGAAGACCAACUCUGGCUCAUGGGUUCAGAAGUACAGCUCUGGUGAUGUAUACGAGGGAGAGUUUCAUAGGGGGAAGUGUUCAGGAAGUGGAGUUUAUUACUAUUCUAUGAAGGGUAAAUACGAAGGGGAUUGGAUUGAUGGGAAGUAUGAUGGAUAUGGAGUUGAAACUUGGGCUAAAGGGAGUAGGUACCGAGGUCAAUACAGGCAAGGGAUGAGACAUGGAACUGGUAUCUACAGAUUUUAUACAGGGGAUGUAUAUGCUGGUGAGUGGUCUAAUGGACAGAGCCAUGGCUGUGGUGUGUAUACCUCUGAGGAUGGUAGUCGUUUUGUUGGAGAGUUUAAAUGGGGUGUCAAACAUGGCCUUGGUCAUUAUCAUUUCAGAAAUGGUGAUACAUAUGCUGGGGAGUAUUUUGCAGACAGGAUGCAUGGUUUUGGAGUGUAUCAAUUUGGAAACGGGCAUCGGUAUGAAGGAGCCUGGCAUGAGGGGAGAAGGCAAGGACUUGGUAUGUACACGUUCAGGAAUGGUGAGACACAGGCAGGCCAUUGGGAAGACGGAGUUCUUAACUGUCCUACCGAGCAGACCACUCGCCCUGAUUCAUCGUUUUCCAUCAGUCAUUCCAAGGUUGUCGACACUGUCCAGCAAGCAAGGAAAGCAGCCAAGAAAGCACGCGAAGUUGUGAAAGUUGAAGAGAGAGUGAACAGAGCAGUGAUGGUCGCAAACCGAGCAGCAAAUGCUGCUAGAGUUGCUGCUACAAAGGCUGUCCAAACCCAAACAUUUCAUUGUAGUAGUGGUGACGAUCCCUUGUGAGUUCCUGCGGCAAAGAUUUUGACAUAAUCGCAGUCAUGACCUUACCUCGAACUUCUACGAAGACAGAAGAGUGAAAGAGAGAUGUUUAGAGACAGCGUCAGAAUUCGCAAUCUCCGUUGAGAUUUUCUUGAAGGUGAACCACUUGGAACCAAUGUCGAGAUCUCAUAAGUAAUAAGUAAGAGAUCUGGCUAUGGAGCAAGUAUUACAGGUUUACUUUUUCUUUUCUCCCACUUGUUUUAUGAGCAGGCUGGUUUAAAACUGUACAUAUGUUGUUGAAGAGUAAGCAAUGUGUGUUAACAAAAGAUCUUUGUAACAAGCGUAACCCAUGUAAGAGAAGUAACAAAACAUUGUUUUACUUUUACAACGUGUUGAAAAUAACACCUUUUUUUUACUAGAUUUCUAUGGAUAGAAAUUAGAAAAUGACAUGAGAAUUCCAGAUUCAAAUCAACU